AUGAAGAAGACGUUGAAUCCUGCACAUGCUCGUGAAGUAGAUAAGAUGGAAGAGGUUUUGGUGAGGAGUAUCAUUCCUCAAGACCCAGAGAGGCCCGUCGAUGAGUCUGUGCUUGUAUGGGCUGAUGAAGUAGAGGACCUAAAAGUCAACUACCUGGUUAAAGCAGGAGGGAAAAAGAAAUCUAACUCAAAGAAGGGUAAAGCUGCACCAGUAGUCAUGGAGGAAGCCGAUUCAAGAAUAACCUUAAUGAUCCAAGCCAUUAUGACACCAGAGGUUAGCAGAAUAGAUGGGGAGCUUGCUAAUGUAGUUUCGUCCCUGAAAGAGGUCUCUGCACAGUCUGGUGGAUAUGAGAACAAGGUUAUGGCAGCAGUGGAAGGAAUGUUUCGGUCGUUCAAGACUGAGAUGAUGGGAUCGUUUGCUAGAGUGAAUAAGCAGGUACCAAGUCAGACGCAUCAACACACCGCAGGUGGUGAGGGGUUUGAAGAUGUCCCACUUACUGGAAAGACAAAUUCAGUUGCUCGUGACGGUAAUGAUGAUAUAAUCGAUAAUGUGAUGGCAAACAUUAGUCAUUACUCAACGCCACCUGAUGAUGAACACGACAACUAUACCCUAUCCCAGCAAUCAGUUAAUCCAUUACAAGGACCUCAGCAGGAGACCAACAAUGGGAAUAUCCCUAUCGACCCACUUCAGGAUUCGGUUUCAAAAUCACAAUCCGAUAGACCAUCAAGUCCUGCUAAUGGUAAUGAAGCGGGGAACAAUAAUGGGACUGACAUAUUGAACCCACAUCCGAUGGAGCCUGAAGAUACAAACAUUGUGAUGUCUAACAUGCGCAACAACGGAAGAGGCGGAGAUUCGGUUGAGGAUCAGUCAGCAAGGUCUGGUCAUAGCCAGACGCACGACGAUGAAGAACCACUGGUCCCGUCAUUCUCACUUGGCCUUACUCAGGAGGAGGCGGCACAACAUGAAGAUGAUGAUCAGAUGGGAGACAACAAACAUCAGCUUGGUGACCAGGCCAGUGGAGAGGGUUCAGGAGAUGCAUAUGAGAGAACUAAGUGUCGUAAAAGCAAGCGCAUAAAGGCGGUACCGGCAGCGCUAAUAACCAACUAUCAAUGUGAUACUUCCAUUAGGAACCGUGCUAGAGAAGGAACAACAUUUGGAAAUGGGUCUGGCUAUGAAUUAUCGGAAAUUCAGGAGAAAUAUAACAGUUUGAAGGUUCUCGUCAAGAAAGAUUGCGUGAUCAACGUUAGUGGUCUAUCCGUCACUGCCAAAGACAUUAUGGACAUUGGGGAGAGACAGCGUUUUCUACCAGGAAGAGUUAUAGACAUCCUUAUGAGGGUAGUUUCCAUAAGUGUGAGUGGAGCAUGUUCUGGUAGUUCCCAUCCUCCCUUUGUAUUUCUGGAUAGUCGUCUUCAGGUUGUGUUGUCGCGGAACUUUGUAAAGUUCAAGAGAAUGAAGUAUGGAGGUAAGUAUUCCUUCACGAAGGCUCUCGUGGAUAUUGUGACGAAGAGUUCAAAUUUUAACAAUGCUGCGUCACGUUUCUACCUCCCACUAUCUAUCGGGCGACAACACUGGAUCGGGAUCUGUGUGGAUAUAGCCGGUGGUAAAAUAUAUAUCCUCGACUGUAACCCUGAAUUGACGAAUGCGAAUGCCUUAUCCAAAGAGAUAGCGCCCCUGGCCGAAAUGUUCCCAUCUCUCGUUGAGCACUGUAGGUGCCUACCUAAGAAACCAGAUACCCCGUACGUGAUUGAAAGUUUGAAAGGUUUGGUCCCAAACACAAACUCCGUCGACUCGGCCAUGACUGCGUUGUUGUUGAUGCAAUCUCAUGCGCUGUAUGGAGUAGACAGUUGCAGUGCUAUCACUCCAUCCCUCAUACCUCUCGAGGCACAAAGGGCAGCGGUGAUGAUGUACGAGAUACACAAGAAGCUUUAG